AUGAACGUCGAUUCCACUGCGGACAGAAAUCCACAAACCACGAUUAGCUUUUCUAUGUCCAACAAGGCUGCACGCAUCGAUGGCACUUCACCGCAGUCGACGAACGAUGCAACUGCAGCCCACGGUUCAUUUCCCGAUAUAGCUACCCUGAAGAAAGCCGGCAAAGAGGGCAUAAAGGUACGGCUGAGACGGGGUAGCUCAAAGCUGUUGUCCUUCCUUGGUUUUCGACCCUUCGCAGCUCUCGACGCCUUCGGUACUCAGUCUGGAAAUGCUUCAAACCCGGAGGAAUUCGAUGAUUCUUUCCAUCAAUUCUUCUCGGGCUCCAAAGCAGCCAGGUCCGCUCGUAAAUCUACUAGUCCCAUUCGGCAAGGGAAUGUCCCCGUUGCAUCUCGUUCCGGAAAUUCUCAGCGGCGAAGUUCAGACCGUCUGCUAGAGUCUUUAACGUCUCCAACUCAUAGACAGCAAGGGAGUCAACGGAAUCAGGAGCAUAAAUCACAAUCGCAAAGAAUUACUGCACAUGAAGACAAGAGACCCUCUGUUAUUCCAGGCUUCCCACGGAGUCAAUCAUCUCCAGGUCUUGCCGAUCUCUUUUCUCGCAAACUGUCAGUGGCCUUUGGGUAUCCAACCAUCAUCCGCCGAACGAAUCUACAAAAAAGACCUAAUAUUCCGGUUGUUGACUACUCCAUAACAGCUCUGAAUCCUGGUAAUUCUCAAAGUGAUAGUACCAACGGUAGCUCUAACCCAUCCACAACUCCUAGCGGCAGUGGCGGCUCUCCUGUGAAUAGGCCAUCAACUCUUCCCACUUCUGAAGGACCAUCGGUUUCUCCUGACAGAUCUAAAGACCUUGAGAACAAUAUUGAAGAAAGGACUAAACGAUCUCGGUGGAACUACGAAACCAAUGAGGAUAUCGGAUUAGUCGAGGGGACAUCGCAUGUGUCACCGUCUAUUGUGACGGUUGAAACCGUUGCUGCAGCCAAGAUAUUCUUCGAGACGUACUUCAACCUUCUCUUCUCAAGCAAAGACCCACGUUUCCAGCGCCAAUGUGCGCUGGAAUCGCAUAUGUACUCAUUACCUCUCACCGAGGAGGAACAAAUCCGAACCAGGAAUAACUGGCUCACUCAGGAGAGAGAUUAUCUUCGCCAAUGCCGGAUUCUCAAGACCCGGUCAAACCGCGUUCGUCGUGGCACAGCUGUUUCGCUUGCCGGCUAUGAAGUUGUCAAGGUCCUGGGAAAAGGCAGCUUUGGUGUUGUGCGCUUGGUGAAGGAGAAGAGAGGAAGUGAAUCGGAAAAUGCAAUAUCGGAAAAGGAGGAUCCCUCUAUCCAAAGAGGCGAACUUUCUAAUGUCAAAACAACCACCCUUGAUGCGCUGAGGUCAGCUGUCGACAGCACCAAGCGCUGCCGUCGAAGGAUACUGUCUUCCACGAACAAGGAAGUCUUUGCAAUGAAGGUCAUCCGUAAAUCCAAUAUGAUACGGAAUGCUCAGGAAGGCCACCUGCGAGCCGAAAGGGAUUUUCUCGUGGCUUCUGAAAACUCUCGCUGGAUAGUUCCAUUGGUCGCGAGCUUUCAGGAUACGGAUAACCUGUACCUUAUUAUGGAUUUCAUGGUUGGAGGAGAUUUCCUUGGGCUGUUACUCCGUAAGAAAAUCCUCUUUGAGCAGGAGGCCAGAUGGUAUCUCGCAGAGAUUGUACUUUGCGUCGAGGAAGCUCAUCGGCUUGGGUGGAUUCAUCGCGAUAUCAAACCGGACAAUUUUCUCAUUUCAGCCUCAGGCCAUUUGAAGAUUUCAGACUUCGGCUUGGCCUUUGAUGGCCAUUGGUCGCACAACCAAGCGUACUAUGAAAACCACAGGCAGUCUUUGAUGAAGAAACUUGGCAUCCGGGUGGAUGGUGACGAGCUGGAUCGAAAAGAGGCGGCUGAAAGGGUACUUACAAAGAAGAAGAGAAGAGACGAGGACGAGCUUGUAUGCGAGCCACCCACAGCGGGCGUUCUUGGAUGGCGCGACAUGAACGAACGUCGCAGGUUCGCAAGGAGUGUUGUCGGGACCAGUCAAUACAUGGCCCCUGAGGUUAUACAGGGGCGCUCGUACGAUGGUCGAUGCGACUGGUGGAGUGUGGGCAUCAUUUUAUACGAGUGCUUAUAUGGAUUUACUCCUUUCGCUCAUCAUGACCGGCAGGGAACGAAGUUCAAGAUCAUGCAUCAUCUUCAAACAUUGCGGUUCCCCGCUGAAAGCACAUCUGAUAGACUCGUCUCGGCUGAAGCGAUUGACCUCAUUAGUCAAUUGCUUCAAGAGAAGGAGUAUCGCCUGUGUUCCAGCAAGUAUAGGCUCAAUGAUACGAACUCAAGGUCAACGGCGAGGAAUCUAUUUUACUGGCCUUGCCAGCCUGUCAGGCACCAUGAAGGCUACUACGUAUAUGCUGACGAUGCAGCUGAUAUUAAAUCUCAUCCCUUUUUUAGAGGGAUCAAAUGGAGUCGGCAUCAUCUGAGCAGGCCGCCUUGGAUACCGAAAGUGAGGGGUUGGGAAGACACCAGGUAUUUCGACGAUAAUUUCGACGCUGAGCAAGCCCUUGCAGCCGAUGAUGAGAAUUCUGCUGCUACAAAUACAGACCAAGAGACCGAUGCUGAGACGGCGUUAGAAGAGCCGGUGCCCGAUGAAGCGACAAAGCCCUGUGGGAAUGAUACAUCCACCGCGAAAGCAUCUACGGCAAAAGUCCAAAAGAAGCCAAAGGAGAAAAAAAGACCACGGGACAAGAUAUUACGAGAUGAGCGAGUAGGCAAGGCUGUGCUGGAGAUGCGCAAAGGGGGCUCAUUUCUUGGCUACACAUACCGUAGGCCAAAACCAGCCAUCAUGGCUCUCAGCAGUGAAAGGGGGCGUCCAUUUCUUGCCAGAGGGCAAAUGGAAGAAUUGUUUGGUUAUUGA